AUGGUAGAUGAUAUUAGUGAGACAGUAAGACCUGUUCAAGCAUGUGGGGGUGAGGAAGAUGGUGGCAAUAUCGGAGAGUUUGUCGGUAACCAUUGGUUGAACAAUGCAGAGUUCAAGAAGCAGGUUCAAGAUGAAACUGUGAAGAAGCAUGGGGAUGUUCUGAAGAAGUUGAAGCAGAUAUCGGAUGUAUUCAAAGAAUGCAGCAGUGAGAAUGAAAAAUUCGAGUUUGACUGGGAUUUAGUGUACGAUCUCUCGUCUAACUUGAUCGAAGAGUAUACCAGGGAAGUCGAUUCCGCUUUCAAUGAGUUGGAUUCAGUGAAUAAAGAAAUUGGACAAUGGCAAGAAGGUGGGUUCGUGAUGGACUCUCACAGGGGGGUCAUCAUGAUGAAUGAGAGCGAAGCGUGGCUGACCAUGAAGGAGAAAUAUCUGGCACGCAGGCAGGAGGAGUUACAUAGAUCUGCUAAGGAAAUUAGAGAAACCGUCAAGAGGUUGACACACGAUAACAAUCAGAAUAGCGAGUGA